UCGCAAACCAUGCAGUAUACGGUAUUUCUCCAUGGAAACGAAUUCGAGGACCGAGUUUUGUUUACACUCUUGGGGAGCCAACAGCUACGGCCAGCUGGGACAGGGACAUGUGGACGACCAGCCGGAGCCCCGGUUCUCCGACAUCACUACUCUACAACACAAGGCGGUACGGACUCUCACCGGCGGCGGGGGACACUCCGUGGUUAUCACCGAGAAUGGAGAGGUGUUUGUGUGCGGACAGAAUAACAGAGGCCAGCUGGGACUUGGCCACAUUGCAGACAUCACAACUCUGCAAAUCUGCCCCAGCUUGACUCAGAGGGUCUCAAAAGUAGCCUGUGGUUGGGAAUUUACAAUUUGUCUUACUGAUUCUGGUCGAGUCUUGGCAUGUGGCUCCAAUGCAUUUGGACAACUAGGUGUUGGAAAAACAGUAUCACACUCUGCAGAUCUACUGGUUGUUGAGAGUCUGAAGGAUCCAGUAGUGAGUGUAGCAGCAGGACUCAGACAUUCAUUAGCUGUUACAGUCUCAGGCUGUGUAUAUCAGUGGGGAACUGGCCUCUGCAGUCACGCUAAGAGAGCACUCAGCCCCCGGCCUGUCCCCCCCCACCUCAGCUCUACGGUGCCCUCUCUGGUACCAGGUCUGGAUCAGAAGAAUGUACACAUGGUAACUGCUGGCUUAGCGCACUGUGUGUGCCUCACAGAAGACGGAGAUGUGUUUCUGUGGGGAAGCAACAAGCAUGGCCAGCUGACCUCCACAGAGCCCUUCCUGUCCUCUCCCACUCUGGUGAAGCGCUCCCUGCUGGGUGGAGAGAAAGUUGUCCUCGUGUGUAGCGGCUGGACACACAUUGUUGCUCAAACAGAGAGCAGGAGAGUGUACACAUGGGGCAGAGGAGAUUAUGGACAGCUGGGCAGACAAACCUGUCACCACGCAGAGCGGCAGAAGACUGGUCCUUCAGCAGGAAGUGGGAACACUGUGGUGAGCCUCCCUGCAGAGGUUAAAGUCCUCUGUGGAGCAACACAGAUUGCGUGUGGAUCUGAACAUAAUCUUGCCAUUUUAGGUGAGUGUUUCAAAACAAAAAUAUCCACACUAUUUAUUGGCUUUUCUUUUGUAUGUUCUUUUCAAAAUGUGCUCUAUUCUCCUGUAUCAGAACCUGUCAUCUUGCUAGAAACAAUAUAAGAAUAAACAUGACAACUGUACUCGAAAAAUAAAUGAGGGCAUCACUCUGAGGAAUUAAAGCAGAAUUCUUUAAACAUACAGUAUUGUUUUCAGGAUGUGCAAGUGCCUUACACAAGACACUCCACUUUUGUCCUUACAUGACUCUGGCUCCUACUAAAUAAAAGAGAAGGGAAUACAUAUUGACUCAAAGGCUGAGUAAGGGAACUGUCUACUUUACAGUUAGACAUGUGUGAAAUAUUAAUCCUUCUGCUAAUGCUGCGGAGGAUUUCUGAGGUCAGCUCAUUGCUCUGUGGCCUUUGCAUCAGGAAGUAAUUACAGCAUGGAUAGAUGGGUAUCAUUGACCGAGGCAAUUACCCGCACAGGCCUGCAAAAGAGCUGAAUUCCCCGCAAACAUUUACAGGCAUGUUUUUCCAGUUCCAGAGUUUUUGGAGAGCGAUCUCCCUUUGUCUACAUGAGAACAGAACAUAGACAUCACAGCUGCUCAAAUCCCUUAAAUAAUA